UGUAAAUACGAGUGAUAUAUUUGCAUUUGCAAGUUGCGAUAGUGGUGUGUUUGGUGCUCUCUCAGAAGCGAUCGGAAACCGCUUUUGAGGUAUUGAAGAAAAACCACCGCAAUUCUCAAAUAACGACGACGAUUGAGGAGUAGAGCUCAAACUGAGGUACAGCAACUUGUGACACAGAAAAAGCACAACAUAACAUUGUAAAGUAACAAGUCAAGCUAUGGCAGGUAAUCAUCUCUCUCCUCUCUCUCUCUCUCUCUCUCUCUCUCUCUCUCUCUCUCAUGAAAGUUGAAAUCAUUCAUGCUGCUGCAGGCUGGGAGAAAGCCAAGAAGGAUGCCAUUUCUAUGAAGAAAGACCUCGACAAAGCGCUGCAUCAGAAAGCCGCUUCAGACGAGAGAGCCAGCCACUUGGACGCGGCGCUCAAGGAAUGCACGCAGCAGCUACACCAUGUGCGAGAAGAUCAAGAGAGAAGAAUCCACGGAGCUAUGAUGAAGGCAUCGGAAGAGUUUGAGAAGAAACGGAUCGAUCUGCAAGGAAAGCUAGCAGAAGCUGGCAAGAGGAUCGCUCGAUCAGAAGCUGAAAAUUCCCAGCUCCGUAAUGCUCUAUCCUCAAAGGAGAAGGCCAUUGAAGAGAUGAGCAAGUAUAAAGCUCAGGCCGAAGCUGAUCUCAAUGCCUUUGCGCUGAGAGUAGAUUCCUCUGAGAAAGAUAAGGCUUCCCUCAGCUAUGAGGUUCGUGUUCUUGAGAAGGAGCUUGACAUUCGGAACGAGGAGACAGAGUUCAAUCGCCGCACAGCAGAGAUAGCUCAGACAAAACACCAUGAGAGCCUGAAGAAAGUUGCCAAAUUAGAGUCCGAGUGUCAAAGGCUGCGUCUCCUCGUGCGCAGACGGCUGCCUGGCCCUGCAGCCUUGACAAAAAUGAAAAAUGAAGUCGAAAUGCUUGGAAAGGAUCAAGAUGGAACUAGAAGAAGGAGAUCGAAUUCUUUCAUGAUUACCUCCGCUGAUUUUCGUAUUGAUGAUGCAGCAGCUAAUACAAAGAUCAAUCUUCUGACGGAGCAGCUGCUUAGAAUGGAAGAACAGAACAGGAGUCUUCAGUAUGCACUUGACAAAAAUUCGAGCGAAUUCCAGUUUUCCAGCAACAUGUAUGCUCAAGCACCGCCCAGGUCAUCACAGGGCGAUGCACAAGAGGAAGGAUCGCUCAAAAAGGAGCGGACGACUGAGCGGUCACUGGCAGCACUGUCUGAUUUGGGGAGUGAUGACAAAGCUAGCUGUGCAGAGUCUUGGGGUUCUACAUUAGUAUCCGAGCUCGAGCGUUUCAAAAAUGAGAGGCAGUUGGGCGCACAGUCUAACGGGUACAUGGAAACUCCAGAGAUGAAUCUCAUGGAUGACUUUGCUGAGAUGGAAAAGUUGGCCAUAGUUAGUAUUGAUUAUCCAGCCACAAGCUCGCGUCAUUCCUCUGAGGAAGGUAACGGUCCCUCUGAAGGGCGUUCCUGGCCAAUAAUCGCUAGUGACAUGGUUCCGGUGCAUAGCAAUGAAUCACAAACUUUGAUUUCAGACAAGGAUAUUCAAUCUGGAAACACUUCAGCCAAUAGAUUUCCCGAGCGGCUGGAUGACUUGCUGAAGAUACUUCUUGAGUACUGUCAAGCAUUGAACAUAAGCCCUCAUGGAGUAUUGGAGGAUAUGAAGGUUGCUUUAGAGCAUAACAAUUCAGACUCGGCGUGUGCAACGACACAUUCCCCAGAAGUAAGCAGGCAAGCCUCAAAUAAAUCUUGCAACCUAGAGGCAUCAGAUACAGGAAUUACCAGUCAUAUCUCAACUACAAAUAAGACUGAUCAGCUGGAGAGUAAUGUGGGAACUCAGAUAAGCAAGAUUCUUGAGCUACUUGAAGGGAUUAAUAUAUUACCUCGAGAUAAUGGUGCAGCAGAGGAUGACAAGCGUUUACCAUACAAGAAUUUGGCAACGCCUACAGGCUACAUGGUCCGAGUGUUUCAAUGGAAAUCAGCUGAGCUAUCAGAAGUUCUAGAGCAGAUUUUCCAAACUUGCAAUGAAUUGCAGAAAGGAAAAGCCAAUCUUGAUCAAUUUGUGCAAAUUGUAGCUUCUAGUUUGGACUGGUUGGUGAACCAUUGCUUUUCCCUUCAAGAUGUUUCGAGCAUGAAGGAUGCCAUGAGGAGUCGUUUGGAGUGGGAUGAAUCAAGAAGUGAGAGCGACUUUGAUAGUGGAUCAGCUAAUCACUCUACUGGGUCUAAUAGAGUGAGCAUCCAAAGAGAAGACGCUAAAAAGUUGACUGUCGAACUAGAAAAUACAGAUUUGUCAACUAUUGAUUUUGAAGGUAGGGCUCAAUCACCAAUUUUCAAGGCUGAAGCUUUCAAGAAUCAACCCAAGAAGGAAACAGCAUUGCAGUCUAUGGGCAAUAAUGAAGAUCAAAUAAAAAAUCUGAACAUAGCCAAGGUCCAGGAGACCAAAUUCAUGGACACUAACCAUGAACAGAGAAACGCUUGCAUAAAAAUAUCACGUCCGAAGAAUGAUCCGGAAGAUAAGGGAAACUCUGUUAAGAGACAGGAAGAGACAUGCAAUAACCAAGAGACACAGCCAAAAAGCAUGAGAAGCAACGGAUCUCAGGAUGAUGGAAAGCCCUGUGAAAAACAACUCAGAGAUGAUUGGGAGAUUAGUGCAGCUUCCGAGAAAUUGGCAGAGUGUCAAGAAACUAUCCUCAAUCUUGGAAAGCAAUUGAAGGCAUUGGCUUCACCAAGGGAUGCAGCUAUUUUUGAUACUGUUGUGUAUACACCUGCUGACUAUGUAAUUACCAGCACACCAACUUCUAAGAGAAUCCACAGCAAACGAUUGUCUCUACUAGAUAAUAUGCUAGCAGAAGACAGUGACAAAAAUGGCGCUUCUCCAACAGCCACAGAUCAUAUUCAAAAUGGAAGCAUCGGUUCCACUGUAAGUACUAAUGCUGCAUCAGAGCCGUGGAGCAAGUUUACUAAUUCGGAUGGUAUCGAAGGCAAGGUAAACACAAUAGAAAAUGUUUCCAUGGCUAUUGUCCCUCGCAAGAAAAAAGAGGGACGAAACUUUUUAAAGAAGUUGUUUUUGUGGCAAAGGAAAGGCAACAGAAAGAAAGCACUCUUCUCUUAAUCCGCAACAUCACAACGGAGCUCAAAACGGAUUUCUAUUCCUGCUGUAUUGUUCUUCUACUGCCUAUAUAGAGGGUGAAGUCUUAACAAAGGCUUGAUUAUUUUUGUAUAUCUUGCUGUAAAUUUAGCCACUAGAUGGAUUAUUGCAUAUAAAGAACUCAAAAUAAAGAUGAGAGUGAAGAGAGGAGGAUAAGAAUACCCAUAUUUCAGUGCUGCCACUGCUGGGAAUUUUUCUUUAACUCUAUAUUAGAAACACCGCUUGUGAACACAA